AUGUUCCAGAAGUUGCAAAACAAAGAGGAUUCAAGGGAGGAUGUGCUGCGCACAGUUGCUGAAUUUGUGGUCUGUGACGAUCAGAGCCUUAUAAUAGCAGACAAACCCGCAUUUAGAAAUUGUUUGGUGGUAAUGCAGCCAAAUGCUAUACUGGCGGACAUACCUUCAACUCAUGAUGUGUUGGCUUACAUCCACAAUGCAUUCAUUGAAUUCAUCAAGGGUCUCAAGGCUACAACAACUGGCCUUGUUUCAACGACUACAGACUUGUGGUCUGUUGAUCAGACAAAGGCCACAUUUUUAGGCUUAAUGGCUCACUGGAUUGAGGCUAAUGCCUCUGAUUGUUUGAGCGUGCAGGAAUUAUCAAUGAGCAAUCAAGCAAGCAACAACAACAUCACUUGUGACAUCAUUGAGAUGCUAUUUCACUGUCGCCAUAUAUACAACUUCAAUACCACUCAACAAUAUCUUCCCUGUCUUGCCCACAUGGUCAACCUUGCCAUCACUGACAUUAUGUCGGUUAUCACAUAUAUCACCAAUAUUGAGACCACAACCACAAUAUGGGAGAUUGACCCAUUGCUCCCUAAUAACCAUGUUCUUGGAGACUUGCUUGAUAUUGUAGCUGUGGUGCAUACACUUGCUAUUAAGAUUUAG